UUUAGUUGUGUCCAAUCGUUUAAUGCAGGGGGCGGAAUCAUAAUAUGCAAUCUGUCACAUACAGUCAGAUUUCGGGGUUCGAUUUUCAGCAUAUGCUACACCCAAGAGGGGGAAUGUAGGGAGCUAUGGCGGAAGACGGAGAUGUGACAGAAAGUACAGAACCCCAGGGUGCCAGCUUUCGUCACACUGAUCCUGACGAUACAGCUGAGCUGAUGUUUCAUAUUGGCAGCAGAUGCAAUGUGAAUUCAGGUCGCAAUUUAAAGGAAUGGCUGCAAACACAGUUCUGUGACAAGCCACUGGAACAGUGUGAAGACAAGCGAUUGCAUGAUGCAGCUUACGUUGGGGACUUGGACACUAUCAAGAUCCUGCUCAAGCAAGACAGCUUUAAACAAAGAAUCAAUGAAAAGUCAGUAUGGUGUUGCGGCUGGUUACCUUGCACUCCACUGCGCAUUGCUGCUACAGCUGGUCAUGAUCACUGUGUUAAGUUCCUGAUUGAGGAAGGAGCUGAGCUUGAUUUGGUGGAUGUUAAAGGCCAGACUCCACUUUAUGUGGCAGUAGUUAAUGGGCACUUGAACUGUGUUCGGAUCCUGCUAGAGGCAGGAGCUAACCCAAAUGGGAGCAGGCAUCAUCGAAGCACACCAUUGUACCAUGCAGCACGUGUUGGGAGGUUUGACAUCCUUCAGGAGCUGAUUCGCUAUAAAGCUGAUGUAGAUGUUGAUAAUCAAUUGGCUAACCGUCCUGGUCUGUUUAGUGCACGGCAGUUGACUUCCCUCGUUGUAUGUCCACUGUAUAUCAGUGCUGCUUACAACCACCUUCAUUGUUUUCACCUGCUUCUUCAAGCUGGAACUAAUCCUGAUUAUAACUACUGGGGACCAGCAUGCAAUGUGAAGUUUGGCAGAGGUUCACCAACUUGCAUCCUUGAUGCCGUUUUACGACAUGGCUGUGAACCUGCUUUUGUGAAGCUUCUUGUUGAUUUUGGUGCAAACCUCAACUUGGUACAGUGGGAGAAUUUAGAGCCAGAAACAAUGGAAAGAUUUAAAGUGAAUGCAAGAUCACUUGAAGUAUUUCAACAAGCCAAAAUUUAUCCUAGGAGAUUGACCUCUUUGUGCAGAUCUGUUAUUCGAAGAGCUCUGGGCAAACAUCAGCUGAAGGAUAUUCCUCUUCUUCCACUGCCAGAUGCUAUUAAGAUCUUUCUGCUAAAUGAACUCUGAAUGGCAUGAUUUGUUUUUUCUUGUAGUUUUUUUUUUUUUAUUAUUGUGUGCUACGGUUUGUUUUUGGUAGAAGUGCAUUUCACUGGCCUCUUUUGCCUAAACAUGUACAUGAGCUAUGAGGUUAUAAGACUUUAGUUAUGAAUGAUAAUGAAUUUCAAGGAUUUUCCCAAAGUUACUGUGUUCUUCAGAUGGCCUCCUUAGAACAUAUUUUGUGGAUUUGCACUGCAGACUGAUCAGAAAUAGUUUUUCAAAGAAGGUAUUUUUCUAACAUGAAGUGCUGUUAUCUCUACACUUGCUCAUUUCAUUUCAUUUGCACUCGAAUUUCAAAGUGAAGUGUUUCACUUACAAAGGACACUAUGAAAUCUGCAAGAUGUCAAAAUAAAAUUUGAAAAUGUCAAGAUACAUUAA